AUGUCUGCCGACCACAGCUACGAUCUUCUCUGUCUGGAGAACCCGCUCCUUGAUAUUCAGGGAAAAGGAGAUGCUGCUUUGCUUGAGAAGUAUGGCCUAAAGGCCAACGAUGCCAUUCUGGCCGAGGAGAAGCAUGCAUCGCUGUACGAGGAGCUUAUCCAGAACCGUGAUGCGAAGCUCAUCGCUGGUGGUGCCGCCCAGAACACCGCCAGAGGUGCACAGUACAUUCUACCACCCAACUCUGUCGUCUACUUUGGAUGCGUUGGCAACGACAAGUACGCCGAGACGCUCCAAAAGGCGAACAAGGAGGCUGGUCUGGCCGUCCGCUACCUCCAAGACCCAGAGCAGCCCACUGGCCGCUGCGGAGUUAUCAUCACGGGACAUGACCGCAGCAUGUGCACCGAUCUCGCCGCGGCGAAUUGCUACAAGAUUGAACACUUGAAGGAGAACUGGGGCAUUGUCGAAAAGGCCAAGGCCUACUUCGUGGGUGGUUACCAUUUGACCGUCUGCGUACCGGCUGCUAUGGCUCUUGCCGAGGAAGCUGCGAGAGCGAACAAGCCAUUCAUCUUCUCCCUAUCUGCCCCGUUUAUCCCGCAAUUCUUCAAGGACCAGGUCGACCAGACCUCACCUUACUGKGAUUACAUCAUCGGCAACGAGACAGAGGCCAUCUCUUACUCCGACUCGCAUGACCUCAAAACACACGACAUCUCUGAAAUCGCCAAGCAUCUCGCCAACUUGCCAAAGGAGAACAAGCAGMGCAAGCGUGUCGCGAUUAUCACGCAAGGAACUGACCCCACUAUCAUUGCCGUGCAGGGUGAGGACCAGGUCAAGACUUUCCCUGUUCACGCGAUCGAUAAGAGUGAAAUCAACGACACAAACGGCGCCGGCGAUGCCUUCGCAGGCGGGUUCUUUGCUGGUGUUGUCAAGGGCGAGAGCAUCGAGACGUCCGUCGACAUGGGCUCGUGGCUGGCUGCGCUGAGCUUGCGCGAACUUGGACCUUCAUACCCAUCGCCCAAGCAGACCUACUCGGCCAAGUGA